AAUUCUUUCAAGCGGUGUACCUUUAUCCGAUCUUUUAUCUGAAUUUAGCCCUACCAAAAUAAGAAAAAAAAAAUUAAAAAUUAAAAGAGGAUUCAUUCAUCUGUAUUUGGAUUUCUUAAAUUUAUUUUCACAAUCUAUAAUUUAGUGUUUAAUUUUUCUAGAUUACAGAUUCAUCUAAAAAAAAAAAAAUUAGGGUUUUUUGGUAUUCUGGGUGAGAAAUUGAAAGCAAAUUGUUGACCAGAAGCUGUUAUGAAAACUGGAGUUGAAGGUUCUUAGAUCAGUGGAUCAAGAAUAUUCUGGAGGAUGGGGACCGAACUUGUUAGACAUUGCAUCAAAGAAGAAGAUAUGGACAUUUCAGCAAUUCCGCCUGGUUUUGAGUCACUUGCACCCUUCACCCUAAAACAGGUGGAAAAUAAUCGACUCAGGAUUAAUCAGUCAUCCACAGCGAGUGAGUUAAAAUCACAUAGAAGUCAGGUAGAAACAAAUAUUGAAGGUAAUGAAGAUGUAAAGAUGAUGAAGUCACUUAGGCGUAAACCUGGGGUAAACUAUGGGAAAUAUGAGAAAAGCUCAGAAGAUGAAUCUGGUUCCGAUCAGAAUCCCUCUGUAAGGCCUUCACUUCCGAAAGGGGUCAUCCGAGGAUGUGAAGGGUGUCUCAACAGCCAAAGGGUAACUGCGAGAUGGCGGCCAGAGGAAGCUUCUAGGCCCGAUCUUGGGGACGCUCCAGUGUUCUAUCCAACUGAAAAGGAAUUUGAAGAUACCCUGACAUAUAUGGCUAGCAUACGCUCCAAAGCAGAGACAUAUGGAAUUUGUCGCAUAGUACCACCUGCUUCGUGGAAACCUCCAUGCCCUCUUGAGGAAAAAAUUAUAUGGGAGAAAUCCAAAUUUGCUACCCGUAUUCAGAGGAUUGACAAACUUCAGAAUCGAGAUUCGAUGAGAAGGAUGUGGGAAGCUAAUAUUCAUAAGAAGAAGAAAAGAAGAAGAUGCUUAAAACCUGGAGUAGACCUUGGUAAUGGUAGUGUUGACAAUAGGAACCUUGGUGAUGCUGAGAGAUUUGGAUUUGAACCUGGUCCAGAGUUUACUCUGGAAGCAUUUCAGAAAUAUGCUGAUGACUUCAAGGCCCAGUACUUCGGGCAAAAUGAAGGACAAUGCCCCUCAUUGGAGAACAUUGAGGGUGAAUAUUGGCGGAUGGUCGAGAAACCCACUGAAGAGAUUGAGGUGCUUUAUGGGGCUGACUUGGAAACUGGAGUAUUUGGAAGUGGGUUCCCUAAACAUGACCAUCAAGUUGGCUCUUCUGACACCAAGUAUCUGAACUCGGGGUGGAACUUGAAUAAUUUUCCAAGGCUUACCGGUUCUGUUCUGACAUAUGAGAGCAGUGAUAUAUCUGGUGUCUUGGUGCCUUGGCUGUACAUAGGAAUGUGCUUUUCAUCGUUCUGUUGGCAUGUUGAAGAUCACCAUUUAUACUCAUUAAAUUACAUGCAUUUCGGGGCUCCAAAAAUGUGGUAUGGUGUGCCUGGCGCAGAUGCAUCAAAGUUGGAGGCUGCUAUGAGGAAACACUUACCUGAUCUCUUUGAAGAGCAGCCUGAUCUUCUUCACAAGCUGGUUACACAACUAUCUCCCUCCAUAUUGAAGUCUGACGGAGUCCCAGUGUAUCGUUGUGUGCAAAAUCCUGGAGAGUUUGUUUUGACCUUCCCAAGAGCAUAUCAUGCUGGUUUCAAUUGUGGCUUCAAUUGUGCUGAAGCAGUAAAUGUUGCUCCUGUUGAUUGGUUACCCCAUGGGCAGAAUGCAAUUGAGCAUUACCGCGAGCAAGGCCGGAAAACUUCCAUAUCCCAUGAUAAACUAUUAUUAGGAGCAGCUCGAGAUGCAGUCAAAGCGCACUGGGAACUUAAUUUAUUGAGGAAGAAUACCUCAAAUAAUUUAAGAUGGAAAGAUGUUUGCGGAAAAGAUGGAGUUUUGUCAAAAGCAUUGAAGAACCGUGUUGAGAUGGAGAGAGUCAGGAGGGAGUUUCUUUGCAAUUCUUCACAAGCACUAAAGAUGGAGAGCACUUUUGAUGCUACUAAUGAGAGGGAAUGUAGUGUGUGUUUUUUUGAUCUACACCUGUCCGCGGCCGGCUGUCACAAUUGUUCGCCCGACAAAUAUGCAUGCUUGAACCAUGCAAAACAACUGUGUACUUGUUCCUGGGGUGCCAAAUUUUUCCUCUUCCGUUAUGACAUCAAUGAAUUAAAUGUACUAGUUGAUGCUUUAGAAGGGAAAUUGAGUGCAAUUUAUAGAUGGGCAAGACAAGAUCUUGGAUUAGCUUUGAGUUCUUAUGUAAAUAAAGAGCGGCAAGUUGCAGGGAUUGCUGGUAAAUUAUCUCUUAAACCUGAGGAAUCAGUGCUAAAAGAGGCAAGUGCAGGACCCUCUAUAGCUUCCGUGAAAAAAGAAAAAGAUGAUGGAACUUCCGCACUCUUGAUGAAGGCCAGCAGCAGUGCUUUUUCACCGCAUAAAGAUAAACAAUCCAGGGAGCCAUUAGCUUCAGAAUCAAUCAAGGCGUCCUCUAUGCCUGACAAUGCUUCUCAUGGAAUUGAGGGGGCACAAAAUGGCUUCCAGGGCAGAAGUGAAUCCUUAAAGGUGGGUCCUGCUUAUAGAACUCCAGUUACUCAGCUGUCCGUUGAGGGUGGCUCGUGUCAUAAGAAAUUAUCAACAGAUAAACGUGAAGUGAAGGGAACUUCAAGUCUUAAUGAUGUUGUGAUCCUGCUCAGUGAUGAUGAGGGAGAUGAGAUGGACAAUUCAAUUCCUUCAAAAGAUACGGCGGGAAAGCAGACAGUGAACAUGGGUAACAAUGAUAAACCUGUCCCAACAACAUCCAUCGAUAGUGCAAGAGUCACUAAAGAUGGAAUUAAUUGUUCACCUAGUUCAGAGAGCAUGAAAGUUGAGGAUAAUUCAAAAGAUGAAAUACAUCGUGGACCUAAUCAAGCUCAUUCUUUCAUUGGAGGUUUGUCUGUAAAUAUGGAUAUUGAUAGACAUGCCCAAGGCCCUCAGGUUGCAGAUACUUGUCCCCAGUCCCGGCUACCAUUCGACUGUAAACCAAAUAAAGAAGGUAGCCAGAAUAAGACCAUGGAGUGUGCACAACCUUUAUCAGGUGACUCUCCCGUCUCUCAAAACAAUUUGGACAGAGGUUUUCGCCAGAAAGGUCCUCGGAUUGCAAAAGUGGUGAGGAGACUCGCUUGUAAUGUGGAACCUCUGGAUUAUGGAGUUAUCCAGCCUGGCAAGUUAUGGUGUGACAACCGGGUUAUUUAUCCCAAGGGAUUCAGGAGCCGGGUCAGAUACAUUGAUGUUUUAGAUCCAACAAAUAUGUCUCACUAUAUUUCUGAAGUUAUAGAUGCAGGACGAGAUGGCCCACUGUUUAUGGUUACACUUGAGCGUUGUCCCAAUGAAGUGUUUGUUCACUUGUCCCCUGUUAAAUGCUGGGAUAUGGUCCGCGAGAGAGUGAAUCAAGAAAUAUUAAAGCAACAUAAGUUGGGAAAGCCAAAGCUUUUGCCUUUGCAACCACCUGGAAGUGUUGAGGGCAUGGAAAUGUUUGGUUUUUCAACAACAGAGAUUGUACAGGCCAUUCAAGAUAUGGAUAUAAACCGGGUAUGUUCUGAAUUCUGGAAAUCUAAACCCUUGAUGCAGACAGUACAAUCUUCCCUAGUUGUGGACCGUUCAAAACUCAAUAUAAAAUCCGAGAUCUCAAAUGAUCCUACUCGAGCUGAUAUAGUUCUGAGUGGCCUACUUAAGAAGGCAAACUGUGAAGAACUUCAUGCUUUGAACAAUCUUCUCAAAACCAAUAAUUUGACCCCUAAUCAAGGUUUAAUGACUCGACUUCUUAAUGAAGAGAUUGAUAAGCGAGGUAGAUGAUUUUGAUUUUCAGCCUCGUCGAGGCCUGGACUUCUCAUAAGGAGUUAACCCUGUAAAUGCUUAAGUCACAUUCUAGUUUUAGGUUAAAUUGCAUUAGGUUAACCCCAUUUCUUGAAUUUUUGCACUGGCUCUUAACAGGAAGAUAAAAAAAGGCCGGCACAUAGUUACUUUUGGACUUUUGGUUCUUGAAAUUCUUUUGAGGAAGGUUAUUGAAAAUAGAAAAUACAUUUUUCAAUCUUUGUUAUAGAAAAAUUCCUUAAUUUAUACUUGGA